AUGAAUUCAAUUGAAUCUCGAUCGUUCAUAGCACGUUAUGGUAGGAUUGCUGAUGAGACAUAUGGUACUGUGUACCGGGGGACUUAUGAUGGCCAAAAUGUUGCAGUGAAGGUAUUGAAUUGGGGUGAGGAUGGUAUUGCCACAGCUGCUGAAACUGCUGCUCUUCAGGCAUCGUUUCGGCAAGAGGUGGUUGUUUGGCAUAAACUUGACCAUCCAAAUGUUACGAAGUUCAUUGGAGCUUCUAUGGGAACAUCAAAUCUUAAGAUUCCUUCCGAUAACACUUCAAGUGAUGCUCAUAAUUCCCUUCCCUCCCGAGCUUGUUGUGUCAUUGUUGAAUACCUUCUAGGUGGAACGCUAAAGAAAUACUUAAUUAGGAAUUGGAGAAAGAAACUUGCCUUUGGGGUUGUGAUUCAACUUGCUUUGGACCUUUCUAGAGGUUUGAGCUAUCUUCACUCGAGCAGGACCCUCCUAGAGCCUUAUUUUGUUGAUUUAAAAUAAUUAUGGUUUGUUAAAUAGUGAUGAAGUUCUGGUUUGGAAGAUGCUCAGUGUGUUUGUUCUGGUUUCCCUCUUUCCCAUAAUGGCAGAUUCUUUCUAAGUAGUAUUUUUGUAAUGUCUUUCUUCAUUCAGUUGCCAUUAAUCAUGGAGAAAUGGAUGAUUUUACUGUGGCACAAAUGAUUUUAUCUGGAGAGUUAAAUAAUGAUGAAGUUUGUGUUAUCC